AUGCUUGGGUAUGAUGACUUGGAACUCCGAGCGGACUUGGAAUUUGAUGAGUUUGUAGACCAAGAAGAGGAGUUUGGAUACAGACCGGAACUCAAUGAGCUAGGUUUACUGAGGACGGACCCAAGAGAUGCUGGAAUAAGCUUGAUGGGCCUGUCCAAGAUGAGAGUCGUCCUAGGUCAGAACCGGAGCAUCCUGAGCCGAUCGAGCGAGGCUAGGCAAGCUGCUUAA